AUGUCCCCCGGAGCUCACAACUCCUUCUCCCCAUCCCAUUGCCUUACACUAGGAACCGCCCACCAAACAUUGGAAUUAACUCCUCUCAAAGAGUUCAUAAACACGGACACACUGUCCUCUCUACAAACAUUUAGAUACAACCAACUUAUCCACUUCCUCAACUCCAAACCAGACUGUAUAGUCAAAGCUCGAACACAAUCAAAAUUUGAGACCUACUGCACACUCCACAAGCUCUCCAACAAACAACUAUUCACCGUCAAUGCUCUACUACAUCAGGACCAUACUUACAAGCAUGGUCAAAGGAUCUUAAUAUUCACAUGA